AACUGUAACAGGGAUAUCAACGGUGACGGGGUGAAUGAGUGUCUGGCAGGCGGUCGAGGAGGGGUAUUUCGUGCCAUUAAUGGACGAGACGGAGAAUUACUGUGGAGAUUUGCUAACGACGAGGCCUUCAAUGACGAAAUGAAUGUGUACACCCCGCAGUACAUCCGGGAUGUUAAUGGGGACGGAGUCCCGGAUGUACUGUUGGCGCAUGGUGGAGACCCGAUGCGGGAAUCAGGCGAGCCGGUCACCUUGAGCGGAGAGCUGGUGAUCCUGAGCGGGAAGUAUGGCGGUGUUCUAAGAUGGGUCAAGGUUCCCGACCACAUGGAGACGUACUUCUCGCCACAACUGUACCGCCAGUCCACCGACACCUUGGCUGUGCUGUUUGGCACCGGCGGGGAGACGCACGGUGGCGCUCUCUGGUGGAUUGACUUGGAGGACUUGCUAAGGGGCCACAUGUCAAAGGCCAAGAAACUGUAUUCCGACCCAUUCAAAGGCAUCAUGACGCCCCCAGCCCUGGCCGACAUAAAUCAAGAUGGCGUAGAAGACAUUGUCAUCCCUGCAUUCAACAGCACAGUUGUCGCCAUAGACGGGGAUACACUGCAGCAACUAUGGAAAACCACUUUCACGGGAUCAGAGUCGUAUAAUACCCCAGCUGUUGGCUACUACAAUAACGAUGACGUGCCGGACUUCAUGGUCAGAUAUGCACACGGUCCCGGCUUCCCAGUGUACUACGACUCCGUGACAACGAUACUGGACGGGAAAACAGGCAAAAUGCUGCUCGAUAAACCAGUAAGAGAUUCGAUAGGUGUCCAGUCAUCCCCUCUGGCGGUAAGCGUGGAGGGUUUCGGCAAUGAUUUGUUUCUGUACUGGGUGGCGGAUUGCGAGGACCACGAGGGACAAGGAGGGGUGUUCACAUUUGCUGAAGACACCAAUGUCCACCAGCAAAGCCGGUCGGAUGUGUGUCGUCUGCGUUUCAACACACGUGGCUUCACAAAGUUGAUGGUCUCCGGUAGACGUACUCCACAUCCGGGUAUCACCGUCUAUGACUCCAGGCAAAGACAAAAGGUGGAGCACAGCGCAUGGGUAAAUACGACGAUGGAGGCAAUCGAGUUUGUGAAGAAGCAUCAGCAGUAUUUGGAGGACUACCUGGACCAUCAGUCACACCGGGGGGCUCACCAACGUCCGAAGAACGCCGGACGGAAAACUGUUCAUCACAAUCUAGCAUCUCGGCCAGCUUACACCCACACCAAAGGAUAUAACUCAGACAUUCGCCACAGCGCUCCAAGUUACCCCAAGCAAAAUGGCAGACAAAAGCAAAAUGGCCGUUCAUAUGGUCGGCACUAUUCAAAUAUAAAUAAUAACGGGCGAUAUGCAGAAAAGAGUACAGGUAGAAAUGGUUUUGGAUCAUUUAGCACCAGUCCAAGUCAAAAUCGCAAUAGCGAGCAGUAUAAUUUGGACAAGAAAAAUUAUGGUGACUUUGAAAAUUUAUUUCGUGAUUAUACAAAUAGAAACGGUGCUCAGUACGAUUCUGAUAAACAAAGGAACAAGUGGUAUCAAAACUAUUUACCAGUGGGUGGGAGUCAAAAUACGGACCGGUUUACAAAAAAAGAAAGAAAUACAUACUCUGGAUCCAAAAACCAUAAUCCUAAUGCAGGCUACUCUGUGCCAUCACAACGAGAAAGACUUUUGGGCAGAAAAAAUUUGGGUCAAAGAAUCGGGAGACAAGCUGCGACACGUAGAGAGAAAAGGCACAUGAGUCCUCAUGACGACAAUGGGAUACAAAGACUUCUAUCCACAGGAACUCUCGCUCCGCCGCUGUUGAACCCGUCUCUCCCUGCGUACAACAACGGUAUAGACCUGGUGUUCGCAACUUACUGGAUCUUCCCGGCAAAGACAGAGGCAUUGCUGCCAGAAGACCAAGCUUGCGUCCGCCAGUUGAUGAUGAAUACCUCUAUGAGGAACGAUCGAUACGGUAAAUACUACGGCCUAGACGACCAUGCCUUCCGCCAUGCUGUCACUGACGAAUGCCUGGCGCGAGGCGGGCGCCACCCUCCAGAGGGCGGCACUUUCCAAGACGCUAAGGAAUACAACCCUUACGACCUGAAGAUGGGGCAGCUCACAGUAUACAGGCUUCGUCUAAAAUGCACAUGCCCGGAUGCAGGUUUGACAGGGGGUAAAGAGUGUGGGAGCAUUCUUCCAUUUCACAAACAAGGCUGGGCGGCGUACAUGGGGACCAGAGGGACCAGCCACUUUAAGCCCAGGAAACCAUGGUGAUGUUGACCGUCACUAUGGUGAUGAAUAUAGAUUACCAUGGUGAUGAACAAAGGUUACCAUGACAUCUUCGACAGUACACAGCUAAAAUAAUGUUCUAUCAGCUGGGGCAUCCAUGGUGCUGUUAGUCAAACUGUGGGCCACGCCCACUGGCCCAAGCUUUGGUACUGUUGCUAUUGUCCCUGUGCAAAGUACCAUGAUAAUGUCAAUCAAAGCCUUGAAGAUAGAUCUUACCACACCCACAGGAACGCCUGAUGGUGUCAAUCAAAGCCUUGAAGAUAGAUCUUACCACACCCACAGGAACGCCUGAUGGUGUCAAUCAAAGCCUUGAAUAUUUGAUAUUGCCAUGCCGAUUGGAGGACUGUAGUACCUCCAUGCUAUGGAAAUGUAAACAUUAUUGUUUUCGAUAUAACAGUCGGGGAAUAUUUAAGUUUCCGCUGGUUUCCGCUUGAAAACGUCUAAGAUAUUCUUAUCCGUAUUCUUUGAAUUGAAGGGGGCGGACAAACAAUGGACAACAAUAUAUUAAUACCGUAAAAUCAUCACAACAGUAACACAAUAGCCUUGAGAAAAGGGACAGGACACAUCAGCCAGUAAAUAUCACCAUUGUUAGUUGCGUCGACAGGGUAUUUUUUAAGUGGCCAGGGCCAAAGCGGACACUUGCCAUUGCAAUCAGUGCCCAUCACCUCACUGUUAUCUUUAUUGGUGUAUAAUACCCUCAAAGCAUUAAAAUGUAUUUGAUCACAGAUUUCAUAUGACUUUGAUUCCCACUUUGUCGUGUGUCAAGUAAUUUCAAUGCAGGAAGCCAUCGUGGUAUUGAUUUUAGCAAAUAAUUUUCAGGUAAAAAAUUUUAAGUAAAACAUUACCGGGAGUUUUCUUUUCUCUAAAGGAAUCUGCAUUUAUAAUAAACUAUUAUGACUGAUAAUGGGAAAGAAGCAUACAGUAAGCACAAACAUCAUUUAGAGGUAUACAUUAUACAUAUAUAUUGGUUUUAUGCGAAAUAGCCAGUCGUUUUAGUUAGGCAUAUACGGAAAAUGAACUGUAGUUCAAAUAACACAAUCAAGAGACCAAGAUUAGACGGUCCUGAUUGAGUAAUAGAUGGAAAGACCUUUACAAUCAGUCGCAAAUAUAGUAGUAUAUUGUAGUAUUAAACGUGAAUAUAUGGGUCUACGAAUCACCAAAGUUGGUACAUUAAUGAAAAACAUGAAAUUAAGGCAAGGAGGAAUAUAAUUAUCAAGUGUACCUGUAUCACUAAGUGAAUGCGACAGAUACAAUCGUGUAAUAGAUAAAGCCUAGCUUAUAGCUUACAAUUGCCACGGGCGCCGUGCGAUGAAAUCGUAUACGAUUGUCCGUGCGUUUUUUAAAAUUGUAUUUAUUUAUUUAUCUAUUAUUAUUAUUAUUAUUUUGACAUCGUGAGGGGCUACGAGCUACACCGAGUA